AUGCGCGAGUUUAUGGACUAUGUCCACAGCGCCUUCUACGAAGCUACGGGCUGGAACCGCGACAACUCGUACGCGGCGCUGAAUGCGACCACCGAUGCACUCCUGAAUUUUCAGACCCCCCGUGGGCUGCGGCUCACCCUCUCCGCUCUCGCAAGCCCCAACUUUGCGACAUCCUAUCAGCUCGGUUCCGUUGGCAUCGUUGAUGGCUCCAUUUCGUACCUCUUCUCGUCAGUCCCGCUACGACUUCUCCUCACGCCACAAUCGGAAACAGUAAAUCUACCGGAGCUUCUGCGCUCAUUCCGACCCCUCGCCGAGCUCCCCCACCGAACCGAUCCCUUGCUGCAGACACCAAAGGACAAGCCUGAAUCAUCACUUUUGUAUGGCCGACUCUACCUCCCCCAGUCUCUCGUCGAGGCAAUGGUGGUUAGACGGAUAUCGCCCGCGUUGCAGGUUCAGCUGAGUGCCGUGUCUGCGCAACACCUUAGAAACGGAGGGACAGUUCUGGGGCUGGCGCAGUACGAUGUGGGAAAGUAUGCCCUAGAAGGACUGGCCUCUUCGGAUGGAGGACUUUUGGGCUUCAGAGGAGUGUACAACUUUGGCGGCGAUGCCGAAAACCCGUCGGCACCGAAACUCGCCGACAAUGGAAAUGGUGAGAGGGAGAGGGAGAGGAUAUACGGGCGGUUCAGCACCGGCGGAGAAUUCUAUUACGGCACGCUGAAUAAGUCUGGUGGGAUCAGCCUGGGAACUCGUUUCGCGACAUUACCCUCCCACACGGGUACGCCGUUAUCCGCAACGCUGACCCUCAACCCCCUGAUGGGUAAUAUCAGCGCGAGUUACGCCGUGGUGGCCGGCAGGCAUUGUAGCCUCGCCACGCGGAUGGAGUUUAACGUCUUUAGUUACGAGAGUGCCUGGGCCAUUGGUAUGGAACUCUGGCGGAAACCGUUUACGAGACCUGUCUUGGACGAAGAUGUCGAUCCCGGUCGACCAAAGGAGCGUAGCUUCCAAGCAAAGCUCGAGUGGCGGUUGGACGAGCCGGAGCCAGUUGUCGUCAAACCCCCAAAGGAAGAGAUUGAUCCAGACAAGCCCGAAGAGGAGAAAUACGCCGGCGUACUCAAGACGCGGUUGGACCAGAACCUCCGAAUAGGGGUGCUCUGGGAGGGGCGGGUCAAGUCCCUCCUAUUCAGUCUGGGAAGCGGAAUCGACCUGCGGAAACUGGACAAACCCUUCCGGACCCUUGGAUUGGAAAUUCAGUUCUCUUCAUGA